CUGAAAAAUUUUAAGGUACCUUUCCAAUUGAUUUAACCAAGACACGGCUCCAGAUUCAAGGCCAGAAGAAUGAUGCAAACUUUAAAGAAAUCAGGUAUCGAGGAAUGUUGCACGCAUUAGUGAGGAUAGGCAGAGAGGAAGGCCUGAAAGCGCUAUAUUCGGGGAUCGCCCCAGCAAUGUUACGCCAGGCUUCCUAUGGCACCAUCAAGAUAGGCACCUACCAGAGCUUGAAGCGGUUAUUUGUUGAGCGUCCAGAAGAUGAAACCCUUCUGAUAAAUGUGGUCUGUGGGAUUCUCUCUGGAGUCAUAUCCUCAAGCAUUGCUAAUCCAACAGACGUUUUGAAGAUACGGAUGCAAGCUCAAAGCAGCACCCUUCAAGGAGGAAUGAUAGGCAACUUCAUUAACAUUUACCAGCAAGAGGGCACGAGAGGACUGUGGAAGGGUGUGUCCCUUACUGCUCAGAGGGCUGCUAUCGUGGUCGGCGUGGAGCUGCCAGUCUACGACCUCACCAAGAAGCAUCUGAUUCUCUCAGGCCUGAUGGGAGACACGGUGUAUACCCAUUUCCUCUCAAGCUUCACCUGUGGGCUGGCGGGGGCCCUGGCCUCAAACCCUGUGGAUGUGGUGAGAACACGCAUGAUGAACCAGAGAGUCCUCCGCGCUGGCGAAUGCCCCGGCUACAAAGGUACCCUGGACUGCUUGUUACAGACAUGGAAGAAUGAAGGGUUUUUUGCUCUAUAUAAAGGGUUUUGGCCAAAUUGGUUGAGACUUGGUCCUUGGAAUAUUAUUUUCUUUGUGACCUAUGAGCAGCUGAAGAAACUGGAUUUGUGACAGGUCAAGACUGCAUGAGACAUCCUCUGAAAAUGCUCACUUCUGAAAUAGCGAAGCUUCCUGUCUUUCCCACUGCUUCUCACUGCUUGGCCCGCCACAGAUUGGGGUGUGAGCAACAGGUGAGGGCUGGGUUAGCUCAGAUCAUUUCAUUGUGUCCCGCAUCGGACGCCCUGCACCAAACGUUUAACGACCUCGACUGUAACAUCCAGACACUAGUCCUUACCGUUCAAGUGCCCUUCGACAUCAAAGAUAACAGGAAAUGCAUGUUUCUUGCUAAAGAAAACUUGCAUGAAGGUCAGGAACUGUGGACUGUUUCCUUCAGGCGAAGAGUAAGUCCUGGUGCACCUCAGCUCAUAGCCAAGACUCCCAGACUGUUCUGAAGAAGCUCUUUGGAACGUGGGAUAGAACGUCUGAGAAGGUGUUACUGUUCCUGAGCUUCUGCAGGGGGGGGGUUGGCUUCGGGUCCGCUGAAGAAAUUCACACAUGGAGACCUGGUGUACCCCAAGUAUAAACAGGGCAGGAUAGAGAUCCCUGGAACAUUGCACUGCUUUGUAAUUUUCUAUUUUGGCAGGAUCUUUCACUUAUAAUAAGUGACUUUUAAGCCUUUCACCACUCUACCUUUGUGGGGAAUUGUUACAAAGUAUUACCAUCUAAGCUCAUGAUGGUGUGAGAGGUUGGCUUGGAAGGUAGCAAAGUCGGUGUUGUGGGAGGUGUGUUUAAGAAACUUGGGUUCUGUCCUAGGUGAUGGUAGUACUGGGUUGGCCAAAAUGUUUCUUCAGGUUACAAGAGUGUGGGGAAAAUCUGAACGAACUUUUUGGCCAAGUCAAUAAUUUUCCCUGUGAUAUUAGCAGAAUUUCUAUCUCCCAGUCUGUACAAUAGGGAUAAUAACAUCUGUUGAUACUGAAUGUCAGGUGAAGAAAACAGUAGCUCCUACUACUAAACUUGUAGGAUGAGUGUCUUUAUAUCGUGGUGUUGUAUAGCCAUAAUUCCAGAAUAAAUAGUUCCUAUGUGUGAA